AUGGCGCCCAAGACCAAGUUCGAGCUCAAGACGCCCAAGGGCACAAAGGACUGGGAGGGAAAGGACAUGGUCAUUCGUGACCACAUCUUCAACACCAUCACCCAAGUCUUCAAGCGUCACGGCGGAGUCACAAUCGACACUCCUGUUUUCGAGCUCAGAGAGAUCCUCGCUGGUAAAUAUGGAGAGGACAGCAAGCUCAUCUAUGAUCUUGCCGAUCAAGGUGGUGAGAUCUGCUCUCUGCGAUAUGACUUGACAGUCCCUUUCGCCCGCUUCCUCGCCAUGAACAAGCAGAUCCAGAACAUCAAGCGAUAUCACAUUGCCAAGGUCUACCGCCGAGAUCAACCCGCCAUGACCAAGGGCCGUAUGCGAGAAUUCUACCAGUGCGAUUUCGACAUUGCCGGCACCUACGACCCCAUGCUUCCCGACGCCGAAGUCCUCCGCAUCAUUACAGAAGUAUUCGAGGGACUUGGUUGGAACGGCGGAUACACAAUCAAGCUGAACCACCGAAAGAUUCUCGACGGCAUCUUUCAGGUCUGCGGAGUUCCUGAAGACAAGAUCCGCACCAUCUCCUCGGCCGUCGACAAACUCGACAAGCUACCAUGGGCCGACGUGCGAAAGGAAAUGACCGAAGAGAAGGGACUUGAUGCCGAGGUUGCCGACCGAAUUGGAGAGUGGGUUGUUCUCAAGGGCAAGCAAGAUCUGCUCCAGAAGCUCCAGAGCACCGAGAGUUUGGCUGCGAAUGAGUCUAUGAAGCAGGGUAUGGAGGACAUUGCCCUUCUGUUCGAGUAUCUGGAGGCCUUCGACUGCCUGGACCGAGUUUCCUUCGAUCUGAGCUUAGCCAGAGGUCUUGAUUAUUAUACUGGACUUAUCUACGAAGUUGUCACGCAGGGUUCUGCUCCUGAGGUUACACCCGGACAGGAGAACGCGGCUUCCAAGCCUCCCAAGAAAAAGGGCAAGAAGGGAUCUGAGGAUGACGACCGUUCUGACGACCCAACGGUCGGUGUAGGCAGCGUAGCUGCUGGUGGCCGGUACGACAACCUUGUUGGCAUGUUCUCUGGCAAGAGUCAAAUCCCUUGUGUUGGCAUUUCUUUCGGCGUUGAUAGAAUCUUCUCUAUCACUAAGGCUAAGAUGGCCGCCGAAAAGAACGCUGCUGUCCGCAACAACGACGUUGAUGUUUACGUCAUGGCUUUUGGAAAGGGUUUCCUAAAGGAACGCAUGUCGGUGUGCGCUAAACUUUGGGAGGCUGGUAUCAAGGCCGAGUUUCUUUACAAGGUUAAGCCUAAGCUGCCUGCACAGUUUAAGGCCGCUGAGGCCAACGGCGUGCCCUUCGCCAUUUUCCUUGGUGACGAUGAAGUCGCGUCGGGUAAAGUCAAAAUUAAGGAGAUGGGACUUCAGGAUGGCCACCCUGAGAAGGAGGGAAUUCUUGUCGCCCAGUCUGACAUGGCUAAGGAGAUUAAGGUCCGGCUUCAACGCAAGCGGGAGCUCGAUGAAAUGACUAGACAGGCUGAGGGUCUGCGUGUUGUUCACGGCAUCAAGGGCGAUGCGGACAAGGACGUAGAGAAAAAGGUAGAGGACGCCAAGCCCGAAACCACACCAGUAGCGGCCGAACCGACUCCAGGAACGGAAGAGCAAGCUCCCACCAAUCCGGCGGCAUAG